CAAUGGCGUCCUACGAGCUGACAGUCGCAGCGCCCGUGACUCCUGACAGGCAGUUCUCGAAGCCGAUGAUGUGUGGCCCAGGGCCAAGCGACCUGUGGCCCUGUGUGGCAGAGGCUCUAACGGCCCCUGUUAUAUCGCCAGCCUGCGCCGAGUACUAUAACGUAAUGGCCGACAUCCGCGCCGGAAUCCAAUACGCGUUCCAAACACGAAGCAAGCUGGUGCUAGCCGUCAGCGGGUCCGGGCACGCUGGCAUGGAGACAGUUAUCAGCAACCUGCUCGCGCCGGGGGAGCUGCUACUCGUGCCUAGUCGCGGGAUCUGGGACGAGAGGGCCAAGGACAUGGCCAGGAGAUAUGGCAUCAAAGUGGAGACAAUCAGAACCUCGGAGCCUUUCACGACGUUCUCCCUUGAAGAGUUGGAGUCGGCCCUGGAGCGGCACCGCCCCACCGGCCUGUUCAUCACCCACGGCGACUCCUCCACUGGUACGCUGCAGAGCAUCGAGGGACUGGGAGACCUCUGCCAUAGAUACGGAGCUCUGCUGCUAGUAGACACAGUGGUGUCCCUGGGAGCGGAGCCAUUCCUGAUGGACGCAUGGGGCGUGGACGGCGUCUACGCCGCGUGCCAGAAGGCGCUGAGCGGGCCGGCUGGUGUAGCCCCCGUGGCUUUCAGCUCCCGUGCAGAGGCAAAAAUAAAUAACCGAAAGCACGAGCCGCCAUUUUACUUCGACAUGAAGCUGUUGGCUCAGCAGUGGAAUUGUUACGACGACACGUUCUUCUACCACCACACACUGAGUUUCCCCCUCCUCUGGGCCCUGCGCGCGUGCCUCACGCAGCUCGCGCGCGAGUCGCUCCCGCGCGCGUGGGCGCGCCACGGCGCCGUGGCCGCGCGCCUGCACGCCCGCCUGCGCGCGCACGGCUUCCAGUUCCUCGUGCGGAGACCCGAGGACCGCAUGGCGGCGGUCACCACCGUCCUGCUGCCUGACGGACUGGGGCAUAAUAAAUUCGUGGCUCAGUUGAGGGACACGCACAACAUCAUGAUAACCCCCGGGCUGGGGCCGACGGCGGGCGCGGCGGUGCGCGUCGGGCUGAUGGGAGUCAACGCGAGCGCCGCCGUCGCCGACCAAGUCGCCGACGCAAUGGCCGACGUGGCCGGAACAAAGCGAGCUGAUAUUACUUGUUAA